AUGAGCCCCCAACCGAAUAACACCAACACCAAUCAAGGUGCCACAGACGUGGCGCCACUAUCCGGUCACCCUCCGCCACCACUGUCCUCGUCGUCGGCCACUUCCUCCCAAGACCUGGACGUCCAACAUCCCUCACCACGGGUUGCCAGGCUAGACAAGAUGCGUGGCGACCGCCCGGAACGGAGUAUCCGAGCUACACGAAGAGACGCUCUGACGACGGAAAGCGCCUCGUCGCCGGUUGGAUCCGACCAUAGCCGUGCGCACACGCCCGCAACACGCUACCGGGACGUCGCGACGUCGCCUGCACCGCCCGAGCCUCUGCCGUCGCUGCAGGCGCUGGGACUGAUGGAGCGCAGGGGCGACUCUACGUCGGCGACGCCCGUGCCUGUCAAGCGUGAGCGCACUGAUUCGCCGGCGUUUGCCGGGGGACCAUCAGCCAAGGGCCACACCCACCCGCGCUUCCGCAACAGGCAGUACGACGUCUCGCUCCGCACCCAGCUGGCCGGCUCGGACGACGAGGACGAGCGCAGUGAGGGCGACGAUAACGCGUACAGGUAUCGCUUGCACACGCCAGACGAUCCCAGCCCGGCCAGCACCUACGCCACAAGUUUCAACGGCAUCUAUUCCAGCGCCGCUUCAUCAUGCUCCGAUGUCGCUCCGGCCAACGUCCGCUCCACCAGCCCACUAACCCAGCUCUCCUCGACGCCCCCGCGCACGCCUUCGCCGGAUGGGCUCCAGCCAGCUCGAGCUCACACGUUAGUCUAUCCCCGCAGUCGCGUAGACGACGACUGCGAGAUGGAUGACAUUGAUGACGAGGAAGAGCAGCAGCUCGAUGCUCGACUCAUGCCCAUGACCAUGCCUACUCGGAUAGAGCAGCACGUCCAUCCACACAUGCAGCCCUACCAACAUCCGUAUCAAUACCCGUAUUCGCCUCAGGUCCCGAUCCCGCGGCCGCAAGUGGCGACGAAAAUCGAGCCGCCGCCACCUUCCCAUCACGGCGGAGUGAUCGGGCCGCUGCCCGGUGGCGCACCUGAUGGCGACCCCGCCGGCUUCGUCGUGUGCCGAUGGGGCGAUUGCGGCGCGCUGUUUGAGCGGCCGUCGCCACCCAAUUCGACUCGGAAGAGCUAUCAGCCGAAUAAUACCACGCACUACGCCGUCAUUGGCCAUUUCAAGGCUGCUCAUGGCGUCGACUUUGGCACCAGCAAUGCGAAGUACCAAUGCGGAUGGCACGGAUGUGGGAAGAGCAUGAUGGGCAAGAGCUUUACGAGGCAUUUGCUGGAUGCGCAUAUGCACCUGGAGCAACAUCGCUGCGAUGCGUGCGGGCUGGCGUUCUCAAGACAGGAUGCACUGACGAGGCAUUUCGCGAAGUGCAAGGGUGUUGUCACGUCCGCCAUGCGCAAUGGUUCGAAGCGGACAGGGAGGCCGCCCACAACGCCGUUCGAGGGCAAGCCUGUGGGCACAGCUUCAACGAUGCCGUCUCCUUCCCCGCAACAACCGCAGGAGAUGUACCCGCAGGAGACGUACGCGCCGGAAAUGUACACGCCAAUGCAGAUGCACACGCCGAUACCAAUACAGACGCCGACGACGCAAGAGCUCGUCCGUCAGUCCAGCUUCUCUCGCGACUCAUCCGAGGAGCCGCUUUCGCAGGUGCUCAAGCGCGGGCGGGUGAACAAGCUCAAGGGACAUCUCACAGUAUAG